AUGUCUGUCAUCUACAAAGACCGCGACGAACCACGCACAUAUACGACCGUCCGCCGAUACCGCGUACCCGACCGAGCAUUUGAGGAGGAAGAUGUCUACGAGAAACAGAUAGUCAUCAAGCGCGACCGCGAACAGGGCCCUCGAUAUGACCGUGAUCUGGAAUACCGUACCCGUGAACGAGACGCUCCGAGGGAAGUUGUUCGCUAUGAACGAAAUGUCGAGCGUGCACCUUCUCCUGAGCGAGUACGUGAGUUUCGCUUCGAACGAGAAGUAGAGCGCGAGCCCCCGCGCCGUGAUCAAUGGGAUCUGGAGAGGUACACCCGCUCUACCGAGUAUUAUCAACCACAACCCAUCAUCAUACGCCAAGAACCACAACCAAUCAUUAUCAAGGAAGCUCCUCGACAACAAGUCGUCCUUCAGCGAGAGGAGCCCCACUACGAACUCGUCGAGCGUGACGACGCACAGAGAAGGAGGGAUGACGAUGACUAUUACUACGAACGGACUACUCGCGAGGUAGAUCGAGGUCCGCGUCGUGGAGGCGGUGGUGAGGACUUCUAUGAUGAGCGUGAUUACAGACGCGAUGUUGACCCCCGGGAUUCAGCGUCCAACUAUGCCGACGACCGCUACAGCAGCGACGAAGAUGUUGUCAUCACUCGCACAGAACGUACUGGUGGCUCGCGCGACCACUCACCUCAUCACCGCCGUCAUCUAGCCGAAGGCGCUAUCGCUGGCCUUGGAGCCGCCGAGAUUCUCCGUCAUCAUCGUCGAAAACAAGGAGAAGAUGGUGGCCAUCGCGGUCGUCAACUUCUGGGUGGUGCUGCAUUAGGUGCUGUUGGUGCUGAAGCUCUGAGCCGUGCCAGAAGUCACAUGCGGAGCUCACGUUCGAGGUCAAGUUCCAGCGAUCGCUCGUACCGUUCCAGCCGACGUGAAAGACGCCGUCGUCACCGCAGCAAGAGCAGGAGUAGAAGUCGCUCUCGUGUACGUACUCUGGCCAAGGUCGGCACAGUCGCCGCUGUUGGUGCUCUUGCCGCAUACGCUCUUCGCAACAGAGGGAACAAGGAAACUGUUAUUGUUAACAAUGAGGUCCCGCCACCACGCCGCAGCAGGUCUAGAAGACGCCGUUCCUCGGUUGGUAGUGCUCCACCUCCUCCACUGGACGCCCGAAGCAGAAGUGAAAGCAAGCAUCGUGAUCCCGAACAUCGCAAUCGCCGUAUCGCUCAGGCUGGCCUUGCAUCUGCUGCAGCUGCUGGUAUCUUGGAUCGCGUGCGCAGUCGUUCAAGAGGCGGCAGGAGGUCUCGAUCCAAAAGCAGAAUCCGUACGGGUGUACCAAUCGCUGCAGCUGGACUGGGUGGUGCUGCUAUCGCCGGCUUGUAUGAGCGAAGUAAGGCUCGCAAAGAAGCGGCUGCAGAUGAAGCAUCCGAGCCCGGAUUUCCCAGAUCAAGAUCUCGUUCGAGAUCUGUUCCUUAUCCUGAUGAUGAACCUCGCUUGCGUAGAGCUUCAAGUGAUCCCGCGCUUAUAGAAUAUGGCGACGAUCCGAUCUACCCGAAUCGACGUUACGAGGAGCCACCAGCUGAGUACCGUCGCAGGCGCAGAGAUAGUUCAGCCUCGUUGAGCCCUGACAGACGCAGACAUGACAGGAGUCAUUCGAGAUCGCGAAGCCGUAGCCGAACUAGAGGUUUGGCGGAGGGUGCUGCUGCUGCUGGCGUUGCUGCUGUAGCUGCUCACGAAUUGGGCAAACGGAAUGAGCGUAGGAGAGCAGACCGUGAGCGGGACCGAGAUCGCAGACGCCAUGAGGAAGAGGACGAUAUGUACGCACACGACAGACCAUACUCUCCGCCACCAAUGGGAGCCAACGCUGCAUACCCUCCAACACCCCAGAGCCAUGAGUUCUACCCAGCCACCAACACUUUCCCACCUCCGCCAACCGACAACUAUAGACACCAAGCAGACUAUCCACCACAGGAGUAUCGGCCGUACAAUCCUGCUGAUUAUCCACCACCUCCGGCAGCAACUAGUGCUCCUCGUGGUCGUCAAGACGAACGUUAUCCCAGCCCCGACCCCAAUCUGGGCUACCCUCCUGCUAAUGAGACGUUUGCUGGUGACCCCCGUUACGCUGGCGAUAAUCGCGGCAGGCCGGGUCCAGAACAUGUGAGUCCCACCGCUCCUUCCGGUACUUACUCUGAUCCACACGACUCUUCUGAUGGUGUAAACAAGAAGAGUGUACAGUCCGAUCCACCACCUAGCGAAGGCAUGAGUUCGCCAGAUGCACAAAAGAAACCUAAUCCUCGUGAUGCAGACCCAGGCAUGGAAUACUCAGAAAGCGAUGGACACGAUGACAGAACCAGAACGAGAAGCGAUCUGAGUAGCAAUGGCACUACAGAAACAGAAAACAAGCGCAGACGACGCAGGCGUCAUCGCUACCACGACGACGAUAUUGACCAAGAUGAACGUGACGAUGGUCACAGUAAUUCUCAGCGCCACCACCGCAGACGCCACAGAUCUCGCGACCCUUCAGCACAAAGACGCACAGGCUCUCCAGACAGCAUGAACUCCAGUGAAACGGUCGAACUACCGCCACGGUUUGAUAAAGAAGGCCGCAAAGUCCCAGAGCGAGGCGAAGACCCCUUGGCCGACAAGAUCGAAGACUUACUCAAUGGCAAAGGAGUCGCCGGAGGCAUCUUCAAACGUCUUACUGGUGACCUGCUCGGUGAUGGUUCCGCGAAGAAGAGACGUUGA